GCUCUCCAACGUGGCAUGCCCAACUUCCAGCACGCUAUCAUUACUCUUUUUUAGCUGAUGAAUGGGUAGGAUGCUUGGGUCCUCCUUCACCUGCAUCCCCGAGAAGUUCUAGGAAAAAGGUGAGGGCCCUGAGUUUUGGAAAAAGGCCUAGGUUCUCACCUAGACAUGCCUGAUUGGUUUCACAUCUGUGAUGUCACAGUCAGUGAAGCCCUGGGGAUUGGUCGGUGAUUAUACAGGUAUAGGGUUUAGAAGUUUCCAGGCGUAGAAGAUUCCAGAAAGGGGCAGGAGGAAGGGGAGAUUAGGCAGGAGAAGGAGUGUGUCUAUAGCAGAGAGUGCCUGCCGCCAACAAGCCUUAUGGAUUUCAGAGAGGCCCAGAGAAUCAGAGAGGUUGUUUUGGACUAUCCCACGCAAUUUUUUUUCCUACUAGAAUCAUCAGGAAAUGUUGCUCAAGGAUCAUUGGGGGAACGUCCACUGAUCUUCCUUUCCUAGGAUGAUCCCUCCUACAACUGGGACCCCUCCUCCAAGUGAGGUUCUCUUCCCUACACUGACUUCUCAGGAAUUCUGGAGGUCACAGGUUUCGGGAUACUCAGGAACUGUGACUCGACACAUCAGCCAUCGGGCCAACAACUUUAAGAGACACCCCAAGAGGAGGAAACAUAUCCGUCCCUCUCCACCCCCACCUCCGAAUACACCCUGUCCUAUAGACCUGAUUGACUUUGGGGAUCUGCACCCCCAGAGGUCCUUCCGGGAGCUGCUAUUCAAUGGCUGCAUCCUUUUUGGAAUUGAGUUCAGUUAUGCCAUGGAGACAGCGUACGUGACCCCCGUACUGCUCCAGAUGGGACUCCCCGAUGAGCUCUACAGCAUGGUCUGGUUCAUCAGUCCAAUUCUAGGUUUCCUAUUGCAGCCUUUGUUGGGUGCUUGGAGUGACAGAUGUACUUCAAGAUUUGGAAGGAGGCGGCCUUUCAUCCUGGUGCUGGCUAUAGGUGCACUCCUGGGGCUUUCGCUUUUACUGAAUGGGAGAGACAUUGGCCUAGCUCUGGCAGACACUGUCAGUAAUCAUAAAUGGGGCAUUAUUCUGACUAUAUGUGGAGUGGUGCUCAUGGAUUUCAGUGCUGACUCAGCAGACAAUCCGAGCCAUGCUUACAUGAUGGAUGUAUGCAGUCCCGUGGAUCAAGACAGAGGACUCAACAUCCAUGCCCUCUUAGCAGGUCUUGGAGGAGGAUUUGGAUAUGUCGUUGGAGGAAUAAACUGGGACAAGACUAGUUUUGGCAGAGCCCUGGGUGGUCAGCUGCGAGUCAUUUAUGUCUUUACUUCUGUCACCUUGAGUAUCACCACAGUGCUGACGCUCAUCAGCAUUCCAGAGAGGCCCCUGCAGCCCUUUAGCAAGAAGAAAACUGUGAUGAAGAGCCCAAGCCUUCCUCUUCCUCCUUCUCCCCCCGUCUUAUUUGAGGAGGGCACAACUGACAACGCUAGCUCCCAGAAUGCCACUCACUUAUAUGCAAGUUUUACCAGCCCUAUUUCUCCUCUCAGCCCUCUCACACCCAAAUAUGGCAGCUUCAUCAGCCGGGACAAUUCUCUGACUGGGAUUAAUGAGUUUGCAUCCUCCUUUGGAACUUCCAAUAUUGACAGUGUACUCAUAGACUGCUUUACUGCAGGACACGAUAACUACUUGGCCCUCCCUGCUAGUUUACCCAGACAGACCAUCAGUGUCAGCUUCCCAAGGGCCCCUGAUGGCUUCUACUGUCAAGAAAAUGGAAUUCUGGAGAGAGGGGCAGUCUCAGUGACUCAUGGGCCAGAAGGAGACACGUUAAGGGUAGGUUCUUUGGAUGCUCCAAAGCCUCGAUCGUCUGGGAUUCUGAAAAGGCCUCAGACAUUGGCCAUCCCAGAUGCUGUAAUAGGAAGUUGUCCAGAAAGUAGCAGGAGAAGGAAUGUGACCUUCAGUCAACAGGUGGCUAAUAUUUUACUCAAUGGUGUAAAAUAUGAGAGUGAAUUGAAUGGCUCUGGGGAGGUCUCCGAGCAAUCCCUUUCCAUGCGGCGUCUCUGUUCUACCAUCUGCCAUAUGCCGAAAGCUCUUAGAAAUCUCUGUAUCAACCAUUUCCUGGGAUGGCUCUCAUUUGAGGGUAUGCUGCUUUUCUACACGGACUUUAUGGGUGAGGUGGUCUUCCAAGGAAACCCCAAAGCCCCUCACACUUCAGAAGACUAUCAGAAAUAUAAUGCUGGAGUCACCAUGGGAUGCUGGGGGAUGUGUAUCUAUGCAUUCAGCGCUGCAUUGUAUUCAGCAAUGCUAGAAAAGCUAGAAGAAUACUUCAGCAUUCGCACCCUGUAUUUCAUUGCCUAUCUUGCCUUUGGAUUGGGGACAGGUCUUGCCACGCUCUCCAGGAAUAUCUAUGUGGUUUUAUCACUAUGCAUAACAUAUGGGAUAUUAUUUUCUACCCUCUGCACCCUCCCCUAUUCUCUGUUGUGUGAUUACUACCAGAGUAAAAAGUUUUCAGGGUCGACUGUGGAUGGCACCAAGCGAGGAAUGGGGGUGGACAUCUCCCUCCUGAGCUGUCAGUACUUUUUAGCUCAGAUUCUCGUCUCCAUCAUCAUGGGACCAUUAACCUCAGUGGUGGGCAGUGCCAAUGGGGUAAUGUACUUCUCCAGCCUUGUAUCUUUUGUGGGGUGUUUGUACUCCUCUCUUUUUGUCAUUUAUGAAAUUCCUCCCAGCGAGGAGUUAGAAGAGGAACACCAGCCACUUCUGCUGAACAUCUAGCGCCCUGAGGACCUCCAGUUUGGGACUAACACUUGUAACACCGGCAUUCUGAAAAAGGGCUAGUUAAGAGCUGACCAAUAGAAUGACUGGAUUGCCUUGACCAGCCUCCUCAACCUGUGUACAAGUGGAAAGAUUUCCUAUUGGAAUGUAAAUAUGUGACAAGACAAUAAAUAAUAGCAAAAAAAAAAAAAAGCAAAAAAAAAAAAUUUAAAAAAAAGCAAGUCUGCUCCUUCUCAUGGUGAUGGGUCAUUCCAGCAGGGUGAGUUAGGGGAACUAAUGCCCCUAUGGAUCCUGAGGUGGAAGAAGCCAUGAGCAUGGACUACAAGGAAGAAUACUGAUUGUGUUUCUCCUGUCAUUUACUGAUACAGUACUUUUGGAUCCCAGAAUUUAUCAUUCAAUAUAAAGUUAAUUCUUGUAAGAUA